AAGGAUUUUGCGCUCACCAACACAGAGAAGAAUAUCCACAAAGAAUCAGAGACAAAGGAAGCCAGAGAAGAGGAGCUAGACACUGAGGUGCUGGAGGUGUUUCAGCCGACUCACGAGUGGCAGACUCUUCAGCCAGGUCAGAAUGUUCCUGCAGGAUCCCAUGUGAGAAUGAAUCUACAGACUGGAGCAAGAGAGGUGAAACUCCAACAAGAAGACAAAUUUCAAACUAAUAUGAAAGGAUUUAAAAAAGGCAAAAGGCUAGACAUCAAUACCAACACCUACACAUCUCAGGACCUCAAGGAUGCGCUGGCCAAAUUCAAGGAGGGAGCAGAGACAGAGAAUUCAAAGGAUGAGCAGGCAAGGCAGGCCACAGUAAAGCAGCUCUUCCGCCCCAUUGAAGAGCUGAAGAAGGAAUUUGAUGAGCUGAAUGUUGUUCUUGAGACUGACAUGCAGAUUAUGGUACGGCUGAUAAACAAGUUCAACAGCUCCAGCUCCAGCCUAGAAGAGAAGGUCGCUGCACUCUUUGAUCUUGAGUACUAUGUUCAUCAGAUGGAUAAUGCACAGGACCUGCUAUCCUUUGGUGGCCUUCAAGUGGUGAUUAAUGGGCUCAACAGCACAGAACCCCUGGUGAAGGAGUAUGCUGCUUUUGUGCUGGGGGCCGCGUUUUCCAGCAAUCCUAAGGUCCAGGUAGAAGCCAUUGAAGGGGGAGCCCUGCAGAAGCUCCUCCUCCUCCUGGCCACAGAGCAGCCUCUCCUGUUUGCACUGUGUUCCCUGCUGCGCCAUUUCCCCUAUGCUCAGCAGCAGUUCCUGAAGCUCGGGGGGCUGCAGGUCCUCAGGAGUCUAGUGCAAGAGAAGAGUGCCAAGGUACUGGCCGUGCGCGUGGUCACCCUGCUCUACGACCUUGUCACUGAGAAGAUGUUUGCUGAGGAGGAGGCAGAGUUGACCCAGGACUCAUCCCCAGAGAAGCUGCAGCAGUAUCGCCAGGUGCAGCUCCUCCCGGGCUUGCGGGAACAGGGCUGGUGUGAGAUCACUGCCCAGCUCCUGGCACUUCCGGAGCAUGAUGCCCGGGAGAAGGUGCUGCAGACGCUGGGCGCCCUCCUGGCCACCUGCCGGGAUCGCUACCGUCAAGACCUCCAGCUCAGCAGGACACUAGGCAGUCUCCAAGCAGAGUACCAGGCACUGGCCUCCCUGGAACUCCAAGAAGGUGAAGAUGAGGGCUACUUCCGGGAACUGUUGGCCUCCAUCAACAGCUUGCUAAAGGAACUCAGAUGAGGCUGCCGACACCAGGAGUGGACUAGGAUGACGCUAGUGAGAGCUUGGGUGGGCUCUUCAGGGGCCGUCAGCCAGGAGGGAGGGUUUCCCUGCUGGGGCAUGAGCUUCAUCUGGGCAGCACUGGCUUGGCCAUUAAACAGGGACAUAAAAACUGUG